GAGGUAGAUAAUAACUCAACCCAAAACAACCCAGAUGAACAGUUAUCACUGUCAUCAGUUUGGUCUUUAAAAUGUCUGCAACAUUUUUAUUAGAGAGACAAUCUGAAACUGUAAGAUUGAAACAAUAAUAAACAGUGUUUUUAUUCUCAAAGAGCAGCAGAGCCUCAGCAGUAAGACGCCAUAAUGACUGUUAAUGUUUCUCUGGAAGAUCAACCAGGUUCCCAGGAUAUGGAGCUGCUGUUUAGAGAGCAGCAGUUGACCUGGGACAGUUUCAGCAGAGCAUCAAGAGGAGAGAGUCUCAUUCACUGAGGGGGAAAAGGAAACGUAGACAAACUGCUGGAGGAAAAUCAUUCAUCUGACAGCAAAGAUGCAGUGGAGUCUGAUUCUGCUCUUCCUGAUGGCUCAGUGUUGUUUCAUUGACUGUCAGCUCUAUCAGUUUCACUACAUUAAUCAGAAUAAGAACUGGACUGAAGCUCAGCAGUACUGCAGAGAGAAACACACUGACCUGGUCACAGUGACUAACAGAAAGGACAUGAAGAGACUCAACAUCUCAGCUGGAGGUCAGAGUGGAGCUUGGAUUGGUCUGAUCAGUAAACCAGAAUUUAACAGAACAUGGUACUGGUCUCUGACUGGAGUGGAGUUCAAUGAAAGUGAAACAAAAUGGAACCCAGGACAACCGACUGAUACAGGAAUUCAAGGUCGUGAGAACUGUGGGGCUGUGCAUCAAAAUCUCACAUGGUUAGAUCAGGGUUGCCAGUGGCCUGAAUAUUUCCUCUGUUAUGAUGAAACUAAUACAACCCAUAAAUAUCACCUGAUUAAAGAGAUGAAGACCUGGCAGGAAGCUCAGAGUUACUGCAGAGAGAAACACACAGACCUGAUCAGUGGAACGAAGCAACUAGAGGAUGAAGAAGUGAAGAAAUUGAUGAAGUCUUCAGAUCGUAGAGCAUACUUUGGUUUAUUCAGAGACAAUUGGAGGUGGUCAGAUGGAAACAGUUUCUCUUUCAGACACUGGAAUAAUGAAUUAAACAAUCCAGAAUCUGUCAGAGAUCUUUGUGCCAAGAUUGAUGAUGGAGGCAGAUGGAAGAAUGAGAACUGUGAUGAAAGAAAACCCUUCAUCUGUUAUGAUGAUAAAGUGAUCCUGAUCAAAGAAAAUAAAACCUGGGAGGACGCCUUGACCUACUGCAGAGAUCAUCGUGAUGACCUGGUCAUCAUCACCAACAUGGAGGAACAGAGAUGGAUCCAGGAGAAAGUCAAGAACGCAUCGACUGGUUAUGUCUGGUUGGGUUUGCGCUUCCACUGCUUGAAGAACGUCUGGUUCUGGGUCUGUAAGAAGAGGACCAGCUAUAAGAACCCGACCUCAGCAGGAUUGAUGAACUGUAACACGUCUGGAGCCAUGCAGGCUGGAGGAGAACAUAGAUGGUUCCAAAGAAACGACACAGAGGAACUGAACUUCAUUUGUUCUAAGGUUUAAAGUUCACUCUGAUUUCUGGUGACUUGAGUUUGUUGUUUCCAAAGUGAAUAUUUGGAUGUUUGGCUGCAUAAACGUUUGAAAUGUAAUUUUAAAGUAGAAACUAAUGUUACGGCUCCAGUAGGUCUCUUCUUGCAGGAUUCUGCAGACAGACAGGUGUUGUUGUUUGGCCUGAUUAAAGCUGAACGUCAGGAGACUUUUUCCUUCUCCCUCCUCAGAACCCAUUUGGUUUGCUUUGGGUCCUAUGGUUGGUUUUUUUAGGGUUGUUUUGGCUUUUGCUUAUUUUUUAUUAUUCAUGAGUUUUUGCAUUAAUCUAUUUUGGUUUCUUAUUUCAGGUUUGAU